AUGAAGACCAAGAAACCACUCAAGGAACUCAAGCUCUCUGUCACAGCUCAAGAUUCACGCAUUUCCAGCUUCCUGACGGCGAGUGGGACAUUUUUCGAUGGGGAUUUACUGUUAAACCAGAAUGGGUUGCGAUUAACUUCAGAUGAGAAUGAAUCCCUUCCAUCAGAAACUAAGGAGAUCAAUCUUCAAUUCUCAUUGGAAGAUCUUGAGACCAUUAAAGUCAUUGGAAAAGGAAGUGGUGGUGUAGUUCAACUUGUUCGGCAUAAAUGGGUUGGAACUUUGUUUGCUUUGAAGGUUAUCCAGAUGAAUAUACAAGAGGAGGUCCGUAAACAAAUCGUUCAGGAGCUGAAAAUAAAUAAAGCAUCACAGUGUCCACAUGUUGUAGUUUGCUACCACUCAUUCUACCACAAUGGAGCAAUAUCUUUUGUGUUAGAGUACAUGGACCGUGGGUCUUUGGUUGAUGUAAUCAGACAAGUUAAGACAAUUCUCGAACCAUAUCUUGCUGUUGUUUGUAAACAGGUUUUACAAGGUCUUGUUUACUUGCAUCAUGAGAAACAUGUAAACCAUAGAGACAUUAAGCCAUCAAACCUGCUAGUGAACCAUGAAGGGGAAGUAAAAAUUACUGAUUUUGGUGUUAGUGCGAUGAUGGCCAAUUCAAUGGGCCAACGGGAUACAUUUGUUGGAACAUACAAUUACAUGGCUCCUGAAAGAAUCAGUGGAAGCACCUAUGACAAUAAGAGUGAUAUCUGGAGUCUGGGCAUGGUUAUCCUUGAAUGUGCCAUAGGACAUUUCCCUUACACCAAAUCUGAAGAUCCGCAAAGUGGGCCAAGCUUUUAUGAGCUUUUGCAAGCAAUUGUUGGAAGUCUGCCACCUUCUGCCCCACCAGAUCAAUUCUCUCCAGAGUUCUGUUCAUUUGUCUCCGCCUGCAUACAGAAGGAUCCUAAAGACAGAUCUUCAGCUUUGGAUCUACUGAAUCAUCCAUUCAUCAAGAAAUUUGAAGACAGAGACAUUGAUCUCAGCAUUCUUGUUGGUAGCUUGGAGCCUCCUGUCCGAUAA